AUGAAAGCCGCUGCUAUUAUCCUCGCCUCCCUUAUGGGACAUGCCCUUGCCGCACCGGUUAGCACUGAGAGCAACGCGCCGGCGCCAGGCAGCCGCGACGACAUCUGCCUCCAGGCGUCCGUUAAGGUGUUUGACAAGUGCUUCGAAACACCCCAGCGCGAUGAGCCGGCGGACAGCCUCCGCGAACGAUGCAACAAGGAGCGCGAAGACGCUAAGAAGGGCUGCCUUGACGUCGAGGUGCAGAACGGAACUGUUGUUGACGGGAACGACGCCCGCAAGAAAAAGGCUCAGUGUGCCGUCCCAGGCAACCGUGCUUUUUCCCAGUGCAUGAAGGACAUGGUGCUUAAGAAGUCAGGCGAGACUCGCGAGGACUGCGAACAGGAGCGGAAAAUCGCAUCAGAGGCGUGCAUCAAGGGCGAGAAGCCAAAGCCUGCAAACCCGUCCAAGUCCGAAUCCACCGGCCAAACCAUCGAUCAAUACUGCCAAGUAAUGGAGGCUACAAGCAAUGCUCUAUUCGACAAACAAUUCUGUCUAGAUGCAUUUAAGAGCUGCGGAAACCCAGCCUCUCUUGAUGACGCUAAGGCUCAGGACUGCGCGAACAAGAUAAUGGAGGACAAGUAUUUAGGGAGAGAACCACGCCCUGUCCCUGAUUCUAAGAAAGAGGACGAGUCCACUGAGCAGCCCAACACGUCCACCCAAAGCUGUCAAUAA